UUGCAGCUCAAUAUCUCCUACCCAGCCAGUGGGUGCCAAAAGCUCAUUGAAGUAGAUGAUGAACGAAAAAUGUAAGUGCUAUCCUUAUUGGGUUACCAUGAGUACAACUUGUUGGUAAGAACAGGCAGAAAAAAUGCUCUGAAAAUGACUCGAAAUGUAUCAGUGUCUUUUAGUGGUACAGUAAAAGAGUUCAUGGUACGGCAGGUUUCUGUGCAGUUUACUCAAUAUUUGUAUUUUUUAGAUAAUGUAAAUAGUCAUUGUGUAGAAGUGGGUCUUGUAUAUUCAGCAGAUGUGCGCAACACAUGCCCAACUGGGCAAAACAUCCAGCAAGCUCACAGGAACAAAUUUGAAACUGAGGGGCACAAAGGUGUUAGUAGUGCUGGUGAUGUACUCAAAUGUAACAGACCAGGGGCCUAUUCCUGCUUGGGGCUUCAUGAAUUCUGUAUCCUCCCCCGCAAAUAAAGUCUCUUUUAAGCGAAAUUUUCUAAGAAGUUGGUUGACCAUGGGCCUCUCUCCCAUCCAUUCAUUACAGUCAUGUCUAGAAUUAAAUGAGUAAGUACCUUAGUCUAUUGUAUUCUAAAUAUUGUAUUGUAAGCAGUGUAAGUAUCGUAGUGUUUGUAAGUAUUUUUGAUUGUUGAUUGUUGAUUGAAUAAAUGCUAUUAAAGAUGAAAAAACAAAACAAAACAAAACAAAACAAACAAAAAAAAAAAUAGAAUUAAAUGGCCAAUCCCUUCUCUUUUCCCACCAGCAUGGGCUUAAACAUACAUGUAGUUAAAUCAAGUAAGAGAUAGAAUGAUGUAAACACGAUUAUAUGCACUUGGAAAUCCUUAUUGAAUUUCUUUUGUUUGUGAUUGCAGCCGUAAUUUUUAUGAGAAGCGUAUUUCUGCUGAGUGCAGUGCUGAAUGCCUUGGUGAGGAAUGGAAGGUCAGUGGACUACAAACCCUCUUGGGGUGGUUUUCUUUAUUUUUAAUUGUACAGUGGUAUUUAAUGGUCCAGUCAGGGCUCAUAGUAAAAAAUAUUACUUCACUUGUUUCAGAAGUCAUCACAAAGGUCCUUGAAUGUUUACAGUCAAACCGGGAAAACUGUGAACAUCAGAAAUAUUUCUGGAAUGUUAUUGUCUCGCAAGAGAAAAGCCAAUCAGGCAUAAGAAAACUAAACUGCAAGCAAGAACGUUAAUUAGUUUGUGGUUUUGUGGCCAGUUCGCGUGUCCUGAUCUUUGCUGCGGUUGGUCAUAACACAAUAAACAAUCCUGAGACAUUUCAAGUGUUCAUGCUUUUUCAAAAUCUGUGGAAGAUCAAGACUUGCUUGAAUCAGAUUACAUCUUCAAGUAACAGUGAUGCUAACAGGAACAUUUUUUAAGACACUGCUUGUUUAUCUGGUUGUGUAUUAAAUUCAUGUAUGUGACUAUUGAAAAUGACCAGGAAAUUGAAAGUUUGUGUAAACAAAUAGUUGUUGUCGGUAAAAGGUUAAAUGCCAUCCAUUUUUUAAAGCUUAUUGUUAAGAAUGAGCGAGUAUUCUUGUGUCUUUGAUAGGGAUAUGUGGUGAGAAUCUCUGGAGGAAAUGACAAGCAGGGAUUUCCAAUGAAGCAGGGAGUCAUGACAAAUGGUCGUGUCCGCCUUCUGCUUUCAAAGGGUCAUUCCUGCUACAGACCACGUAGAACUGGUGAACGCAAACGCAAGUCUGUUCGUGGCUGCAUUGUGGAUUCUCAGCUUAGUGUGCUCAAUCUGGUUAUUGUCAAGAAAGGUGAAGGUGAUAUUCCUGGAUUGACUGACACCACUGUUCCACGCCGCCUUGGACCUAAGAGAGUAGGCAAGAUUAGGAAGAUGUUCAAUCUGUCCAAGGAAGAUGAUGUGCGUCAGUACGUUAUCAGGAGGACACUGCCAGAGAAGGAAGGCAAGAAGACCAAGACGAAAGCCCCCAAGAUCCAGCGCUUGGUCACCCCUAUUGUGCUGCAGCGUAAGCGCAAGAUCCUGGCCCUCAAGAAGAUGAGAGCACAGAAAGCUAAGCAGGAAUAUGCUGAGUACACAAGGCUGCUGGCCAAGAGAGCUAAGGAGGCAAAGGAAAAACGCCAUGAAAUGCUGAAGAAGAAGCGUGCUUCCUCAAGUCAUCGGGAGUCCGUGAGCAAAUGA